AAGACCUCAGACUUGGCUUGAAAAUGAACAUCGCUGCCAUUUUAUAGGUAUAAAAGCUUUUGCAAGCUCCGUCUCAAGCAUACUACUCUAUCAGUUUCCAAGUUGACUGGUGUAAAUUGAGCUGCAUCAACUGAAAAAUGAAUAAGUUUUUGGUAUUCGCUUCUUUCUUGGCUGUUGCCUUUGCUCGUCCAGGUCUAUUAGAAGACCAAGAUGGACUUGUAUCCGUAUCUCAAAGCUCUCUAGGAACAUACAAAUACAGCGUCCAACUCAGAGACUCGUCCAGACUGGAGGAACGUCUUCCUGACGGCACUGUCAUCGGAGAAUACACUGUCCCGAACGAACUCGGCGUAUUGCAAACCUUCAAAUACGUUGCCGGAAUCGAUGGCUUCAGAAUUAUCGAAGGACCUCUGCCUGUAGCUCCAGUUGAUAAUGGUAUCGCCCCGUUGCCGGUUCAAGAAACACCCGAAGUUUUCGCUGCUCGUAAUGCCCUGCUUCAACCUGUUGCGCCUGUUAUCAUCAACCCAGAAUUGCCACUACCCGUAACGGACACUCCCGAGGUGAGAGCUGCUAGGGAGGAAUUCUUAGCCCUUCACAGAGCUGCUGCUCUUAGCAAUAUUGUUUAACUUGUAACG